AUUAGCGUCUUUGCGUUAAAGCGGCGCAAAUUGCAUUAAAGUGUGAAAGCGUCGAAAACAAUGGAUAAAAGUGCCUGUAUGGGCGAUGGGAAAAAGUGUGAUUCGCACCACCGCGACCAUGGGAUUGGGAGUCUGUCGGAACUGCCCCUGCGCCACCUGCCCACUGGGUAUACCAUGAAUGGGUUGCUGGUCCCCCCGGACUUAGCCACGGACGGAAACCCCGCAUACCAGAACAAAUAUAUCGGCUACGACUCACCCUUACAUCUUGGUCACAAGCAUGGGCUCUCGCCCACAAGCUUACCUGAGACGAUUCAGCCGUCCUACACUAGCCAUCACUAUACGUCUCAGAGCACGGGUUCGAAUACGUACACUGAUCUACAGAGCCCCACCCAUCACAUGAAAAGGGGAAAGCAGCGUCGCUAUCGGACUACUUUCACCAGCUACCAACUUGAGGAGCUUGAAAAAGCUUUCCAGAAAACGCAUUACCCAGACGUGUUCUGCCGUGAGGAGUUGGCCCUGCGCAUUGAUUUGACGGAAGCACGUGUUCAAGUCUGGUUUCAAAACAGACGAGCGAAAUGGCGGAAGAUGCAGAAAGCAUCACAACAACCUGGCGUAACCGGAAACGAGGGGGAUCCGUCAGGAUCACCUCCGAUCGUUUCGACAUCACAUACCACUAACCCACCUGCCUCGUCCCAAAGUCCCAACAUCACGUUGCCAAGCAUGGCUGCCAUAACAAGCAUGUCCUUGCCAAGUAUGUACCUCCAUAGCAACCACCACGUGGACUGGACGCAGACGUUCCCGUCGCCAUUGACAACCACAUCUGUAGUUUCGCCUUACAUGAAUCUUGGAAAGUGCGAACCAAGGAAGUGCGGUCAACCACCAUGUAUGUCGCUACAGACUUCGUCUGGCAUGACGUGCCACCCAAGCCAAGACAACCUCGGAGACCAGAUAAGAAAAUCGAGCAUUGUUGCGCUGAGGAUGAAGGCCAAAGAACACUCGGCAAACCUUGGUGUUGCACACUCCGAAUGAAAGCAGCGACGGAGUCAUAUUAUGUAAAGGAAAGAAAGUGGUCUUCUUCAAGAUAUCCAUGGGAUAAGGAUUCCACAGAAGAAUCUAACACUUACUCCUCUAUCACACUGGUCCACUCCAUUCAGCCUUAUGUUGGCAAGAAGUUGCACGUGACAUACCCGUGUGAAUACAAUGUAAGUUCCGUUAACCUUGCUUGUAUAACAUUAUAACUUCUCAUGUUACUCGCGACGUAAAUAGCAUAUUGAAACCUCUAUGGUGGUGUUUUGAACAACCAGGACCUAAUCAUUUUAGAAAGUUUUAAGAAGAAGAACAGCAGCUCGAGUGCCCUACAGCGAUGUACAUGUGUGGACUAAUUUUCCUUUUUUUAAUUUGUACUUAUUUUAGCUCAGAAACAA